GCCGGGCGGAGCUGCGUUCUAUACUAAGCCUCGUGGGGGAACGACCGGAAGGAUAACAUCUCCCACCGUUCACAAUCAUGGAUCAUAACCACAGCUCCCACUGUACGAACUUCCAUCAAAUCGCUGAUCAAGAUGCGUCCUGGAGAAUAGCACCACCACCGGCAAGUGAUGAAAUGACAGUGCCAGCCACACAACCAUUCUCGCCCUCAGACUUAGGCACUCGUGCAAAUGAAGAAGUUGUUCCACAGCCACGAGGAAAAUCCGCAAUGAAGCAGUCCUCUACAGAUCGGAACAAGCAGACGACGGAUCGAAGAAAUAAGACCAAAGCAGCAUGUCUAGCAUGUCGAGAAUGCAAAACAAAGUGUGAUGGACUACGACCUCAUUGCAACACUUGCUCUGAAAAGGGGCGAAUAAGCGAGUAUGCAGUUCAAAAAGGCAUGUCGUAUCAUGAGACCACAAAGGAAGGGUUGCAGUACUAUACUUCUGUGUUGGAGUUGUUGAGGAGCUGUGAUGGGAUGGAUUGUGAGCAGAUCUUACAGGCGUUGAGGGACCAUGAUGAGUUGAGCGAGGCUGUGGGGUUUGUACAUCAGCAUUGGCUUGGUGAUGGAUGAAUGCCGCCACUGUUUGGGGCCUGUAUGGCAUACAGAGGGUUCGUUGAGAGCACGAUAGAGACGUGUAUUCCGGC